AUGGAAUAGCAGUAAGUUGAUCUUAGGAAAAACAUUGAAGGCAACAUUACAUUAUUACAGGUCAAUGAUAAAAAUGGUAUCCUUUCUUUUGAAUUUUAAAUGCCUUCAAAAUAAUACAGAGAGCACUAAGAAGCUAGGGUAAAAAAUAGUCAUCUUAUAGUAGUUCUUGAUGCAAGUCAAGAUAUGGAUCAAGCUCAAUUUUAAGUGAUUAAAGAGAAGCUAAAGGUCUUCUUGAAAUUUUACUAGAAAGAAAAUCCAGAUAAACCUAAUCCUCAUUUACUUAUCUGCAACGAUGAAAUGACUAUUGUUAGAGACCAGUAUGAAGUUGCAUUAGAUAAAACUUAAUUAAAGAGUAAUUUAAAUAUUCUGAUACCCUUAAGAUACAUCUAAGAAGAAUCUAAUAAAAUAGCAAAUAGAGAAUUAAACUUAGUGUUUAUCUUAUAAUCAUUGAACUAUUUAGAUGAUAAGACAAAAGCUUUAAUUGAGAAAAUCUCAAUCAAUAAUAAAAAUAACUUCAAGUAUUGCACUGUUUCGCUUCUAAUUAUUUCAGAUGAUUGCUCUGAUGAAUCUAAUUUAGAUAUACUGCAGAUGGGCACUCAUCAAGGCAAAUUUAUAGUAGUAACAGAUAUAAUUUCUAAGUUAUACCAUGAUGACAUUGUAUACAAGGACUUGUUUUAUUAAAAACUAAAUAAAUUUAUGCUAGAAGCCUUAUAUAAUACCCGUGUGAAAAAUGGAUUUUUAAUAAGAUUUGGACUAAUUUAGGUAUAUCUAGACUAUAUUGUAGAAGGUAUUGAAUGCUACAAAUGCUUAAAAAAAGGAGUAGCGAUUUCCUGUAAAGAUUUGGAUUUUGUGCAAGGAGAUGAUAUUAUUUAAAAGUUAAAAAACACUCUGAAUAAUUUUUCAAAGCCAUUUAAAUCUAUUAGUUGCAUUUUAAAAGGAACAGUUGCACAUGAUCUCUCCAGUAUAUAUAUUGAUAUUUUUGAAAUGAAUUCAUUUAAAUCUCCAUAGAGGAUAGAAUAAAAUAUUUCGUAAAUCAUUCGCUAGUUACAAUAAAAAGCAAACUAGAAUGAAUCAGCAUAUCUAAAAUAUUGGUGA